UUGGUGUUGGAUGGUCUCACGUUGAAAAAUUGUCAAGAAUAUCUAUUUGACAGUCACAGUGCAUCUUGUAUAUCCUACCGAAAUUAUAUUUUUCGGUGUUCUGAAGGUUUUGUCUCUAUAUUAAUCUCCAAGAGCUAUGUUAGGCUUAACAUAGAACUUGACCAAGUACAUUCGAGUGAGGUACCGUCGACAGAGCCCAUGCUGCCACUGCUUAGCCGACCUAGCUAACAUCAACGAAGGUUUGGGUUUAUGCUUCUAUAGUUCUACGAUAAAAUGAAGUGUCACUACGAAGUGCUUGGCGUUAAAAGGGACGCGACAGACGAUGAUUUGAAAAAGGCCUACAGGAAGCUAGCAUUGAAGUGGCAUCCAGACAAAAAUUUGGAUAACGCAGAGGAUGCAGCGGAGCAGUUCAAGCUAAUCCAGGCGGCCUAUGACGUUCUCGGCGACCCGCAGGAGAGGGCCUGGUAUGACAAUCACCGGGAGGCUUUACUUAAAGGAGGAGUGGAUGGAGACUACAAGGAUGACAGUAUUGACAUCCUCCAGUACUUCACUGUCUCCUGUUACUCUGGUUAUGGUGAUGAUGAAAAGGGGUUCUACACGGUGUACAGAACCCUAUUUGAAUCCAUCCUGAAAGAGGAGAUGGAGCACAGUAAAGAGGAGGACGAGGAGGAUGACGAGUUUCCACCAUUCGGUGACUCAGAGAGUGAUUUUGAUACGGUUGUACAUUUGUUCUAUGCCCACUGGCAGAGUUUCUGCACACGCAAGAACUUUGCUUGGAAGGAGGAGUAUGACACGCGGCAGGCCUCCAACCGCUGGGAGAAGCGCGCCAUGGAGAAGGAGAACAAGAAGGUGCGCGACAAAGCCCGCAAGGAGCGCAACGAGAUGGUGCGGCAGCUGGUGGCCUUUGUGCGCAAGCGGGACAAGCGCGUGCAGGCCCACAAGAAGCUGGUGGAGGAGCAGAACGCAGCCAAGGCCAAGAAGGUGGAGGAGCUCCGGCGCAAGCAGAAGCUCAGCCAGGCCAAGCUAGCGGAGGACUACAAAGAGCAGAGCUGGGCCGCCAUGUCCGAGCUGGAGAAGGAGCUGCAGCAGAUGGAGGCGCAGUACGGCCAGGAGUUUGGGGACACGUCGGAGAGCGAGGAAGACGAGGUGGACGCAGAGACACUCGAGAAGACAAACAAUGGAGGUGGAGAUGGUGUCCCGAUAGAGGAGAUGGAUGAUUUUGAUGACUACUUAUAUUGUCCAGCCUGCGAUAAAUCUUUCAAAUCUGAUAAAGCGAUGCAAAACCAUGAAAAGUCUAAGAAACACAAAGAGAUGGUGGCGUUGCUAAGGCAACAGCUUGAGGAGGAGGAGGAGUCUCUGAGCGCAAACUCUGCGGAGAGAGGAGGAAAAGAGGGGGAGAAUGCGGAGGAACAGGAGGAGGAGGAGGAGGAGGUGGAGGAUAUUCCCCGGCAAAAGCUGUCCAAGAAGCAGAAAAAGAAAAAGAGACAGCAGAAAAUGUCCCAGCAACCUGCUGAAGAACCAGAGAAGGCCCCCAGUCCGCCUCCAGAGGGUCGCUCUGAAGAGCAGUCAGCAGCAGAGCUGUCAGCAGCAGCAAAGCCGUCAGCAGCAGAGCCAUCAGCUGCAGAGCCAUCAGCUGCAGAGCCAUCAGCUGCAGAGCCUGGUGCUGCAGAGGAGCCUCCUCCACCAAGUGAGGACCGUUCAGAUGAAAUGAGUCCAGAAGGACUUGCAGCCACAAACAAUAAAAGCUCUCUGAAAACUAAGGCGAAGAAAGGAAAGGACCCCAAGAAGGGCAGCAAGUCCCAAGUGGCUCAAGAGGCAGCUCCUGAGGAGCUGAACCUUCGAUGUGUGACCUGCCAGUUUGAGUUCUCAUCGAGGAACAAACUGUUCGACCACUUGAAGACUACAGGACACGCCAGUGCACUCUCCUCUGAUGCCGGUACAGCAGGCAAGAGCAGGAAAGAGAAGAGGAAAAACAGAUAGCUAUGACUGCAUUGGCUCGGACUAAACACUUGCUCAGUUAUGAACGCUAUUUUUCCCCCCUUUUGUGAGAGUGGCUCUGUGAGUCAUGUGAAUGAUGGCUAUCCAUAAGUUCUAAACUUGUUUUAAAUUAAACAUGACUUAAAAGGUCAGUGUUUUAUUUC